AUGCGGUUUCACCCUCAGGGAGCCAUGGCCGUCCGCCAAUGCGAGAUCUACUGGCGCGACGGAAGCGCGGUGGAAAAGGCUGCCACUCUGACCGACGACCUGACCCCCUGUAUCAAGGCGACCACAGCGACGUCGGUCGUGUUCAUCAUUGAGGGGCUCAUUGGCGAAGAGCUCGCUGAGCACGGAAUCUACUACCUUGAUUUCGAUUACCUCGGGAUAAACUGCUCCGUCGCCAACGUGUCUGCUGUCAACGACUGCAUCGAGGGAAUCGCUUCGUUCCCGAUCUACAACGAUCCGGAAUGGGGCAACCACGCUGGAGUCGCCAGCCUGGAGGGCGCGCGGGAACUCAACCUGCAAGGCGACCCGGUGUCGAACAACACGUUCUACGUAAGCUAUGUCGGGAACGCUUCACGCCCCGUCUCGACCAACACCACUAGCAUUCUCUCCGAGGUGUGUGUACCACAGAGCUCCAUGUUGAUCUUGCUUUGGCCGUUCUCCCUCCUCAUGGGCUUGAAUGAGCUCACCGACGAUGCAUUCAACGGGUGGCGCUCCAACGAUGGCUUCAUAUCCGUGCAAGGCCAGAUAUGCCCGCGGCUUGGUCUGGGCACAGACAAAUUCUGCGGCGAGUUCACUACAGUCGAGUAUAUGCAGCCCGGCGUAUAUCUAUCGAAACACCACACCCUCGACCACAUUGGCGUCAUCGGCUGGACGCUGGACCCGCUGCAACUCGCCACAGGGGCCGAGACCUUCGCCGAAACCGUCGCUGGCCUCCUGGCCAUGGAUGAAAAGUACGCCGCGAGGCUUGACGAAGCCCGGCGCAUCUAG